AUAAUUUCCUUACUUCCCCUUUUACACUGAUUAUACAAUUAAGGAUGGCCACUAAUUAAAUACUAUCAUGAGUGACAGAGGCUACCUUUCUUAUCUGGUUACUGGUGCCUCAUAUGCCUUGGCUGGUACUGUUGUUCUAUGUGCAGUGGGAGCUUUAGCAGCAAGAAGAAAAUUGAAACCAAAGAACUGUUGGAACAAUCAGAAGACACUUGAUGGUUUAACUGUGUUGAUAACAGGAGGUAACAGUGGUCUUGGAGCUGCUGCAGCAAGAGAGCUUGCUCGCAGGAAUGCCAAUGUUAUAAUAGCAUGCCGUACACUUGAUAAAUCUAUGGCUGUUAUAAAAGAAGUAAGGGCAGAAUUUCCUGAAAGCCCAGAGAUUAAAUAUGGGCACCUUGAUCUCUCUUCCCUUGCUAAAACUAAAGAGUUUGUUGAUGAGUUGACAGUGGACAAAGUGGACAUUCUUAUCAACAAUGCUGCUCUCUGGGGAAGUCCUGUUCCUGAAAGUGUAGAUGGUUUGGAGCAAACAUUUGCUACCAAUUACUUGGCUCACUUUUAUCUCACCAAUCUUAUGAUUCAGAAAUAUUCACUGCAAAAAGUUAUCAAUGUUAGCUCUGGUCUGUACACUCGAGGAAAAAUAGAUCCGUACGAUUUGGAAAAGCUUAUUAAAGUACCAGAAGUUUUAGAUAAAGAUAUGUACCGAAGCCUUUAUUCGACUAGUAAGCUUGCUCAAAUAUAUCACAGCAAGGAACUAGCUAUAAAGCAUCCUGAAAUACAAUCAUUAUCCCUUCAUCCUGGUCUUUGUUAUACCAGUCUUGCUCGUUAUGUCAAACCACAGAGCUUUAUUUUGUCUAUUCUGGGUCGAGUACUACCCUUGAUAAUCAGGACUCCAGCAGAAGGGGCUCAGACUCAUGUGUAUUGCUCUGUUGAGGAUGGGUUAGAGAGUGGCCAGUAUUAUGGGGAUUGUAAGAAGAAUGCCCUUGAGGAUGUUGCAUGUAAUUCUAACAUUCAGAAAAAGCUCUGGGAAUUCUCCGAGGACUUGAUUCUGCAGAAAACUUCCUGAGCUUGUUAUAUUGACUCCAUGUGAUCCCGAAGAUAAAAUACUGAGAAGUCUGCAUAUUUAUUUACUCGGAUAAGCAGAUUUAAAUACAAAUGGUGUGACCCUCAAACGAGAAAACAAUGAGUUUAAAAUGAUCAACAGAUUGCUUUGCUAAAUUUUGUGUGUA